ACGCUGGGUCGCCUCCGGAGGUCCAGUAAUCGCCGCCCAGAGGGAAGGAGGGUGGCGGUGCUAGGAGCUGCUAUGGUGCAGAGUUCCCCGGCAGAGCCGACCCGGACGCAGCGGUCGCGGCGGUCGCGGCCAUGAAGGCGGGUGCCACAUCUAUGUGGGCUUCGUGCUGUGGGCUGUUGAAUGAAGUCAUGGGGACCGGAGCUGUCAGGGGCCAGCAGUCAAGAUUUGCAGGAGGCACCGGUCCAUUCAGAUUUACACCAAACUCUGAUUUUUCUGCUUACCCACCAGCACCUACAGAAGGGCCUAAUAUAGUUUGCAAAGCCUGUGGACUUUCAUUUUCAGUCUUUAGAAAAAAGCACGUAUGUUGUGACUGCAAGAAAGAUUUUUGCUCCGUUUGUUCAGUCUUGCAAGAAAAUCUCCGUAGAUGUUCCACUUGUCACUUACUACAAGAGACGGCCUUUCAGCGCCCUCAGUUAAUGCGACUCAAGGUGAAGGAUCUACGGCAGUAUCUCAUUCUUAGAAACAUCCCCAUCGAUACCUGCCGAGAGAAGGAAGACUUGGUAGAUCUCGUCCUGUGCCACCACGGGCUGGGCUCUGAGGACGACCUGGACACAAGCAGUCUGAACUCCUCAAGGUCCCAGACUUCUAGCUUUUUCACAAAUUCAUUCUUUUCAAACUAUACAGCCCCGUCUGCUACGGUGUCUUCAUUUCAGGGAGAGCUUCUGGGUCUAGAUCGGACCUUAGGAUCUGGAGCGCGGGCACAGGUGCAAAGUGAAGUAGCUUCAGCAAACACAGAAGAUGAUGAGGAGGAGGAGGAAGAUGACGAUGAUGACGACGACGACGAUGAUGAUGAUGAUGAUGAUGAUGAUGAAAACUUGGAGGAUCAGACUCCUGGCCUCGCUAAGAAGGGAGUGAGAGCUUCUCUGUCUGACUUGUCAAGCCUUGACGAUGUGGAAGCGAUGAGCGUGCGCCAGCUGAAGGAAAUCCUGGCUCGGAAUUUUGUCAACUACUCUGGCUGUUGUGAAAAAUGGGAGCUAGUAGAGAAAGUAAACCGAUUAUACAAGGAGAAUGAAGAAAACCAAAAGUCAUAUGGCGAGCGGCUGCAGCUGCAGGAUGAGGAAGACGAUAGCCUGUGUCGGAUCUGCAUGGACGCUGUCAUCGACUGCGUCCUACUCGAGUGCGGGCACAUGGUCACCUGCACCAAGUGUGGCAAGCGCAUGAGCGAGUGCCCCAUCUGCCGCCAGUACGUGGUGCGUGCUGUGCACGUGUUCAAGUCCUGAGGCUGGGCCCCCCCCAACCCCCGUGGACGCUCGCCCCCCCCCCAACCCCCAGUCUUGGGGCCCAGAUGUCCCAGUGCACUGUAGGGACUGGGGACUCCCUGUUGAAAAGCCGGAGCUAUAUUAGAAAACUAUUUUCACUACUAACGGUGGAAUGGAAAAACUCAUCCUAAGUUGUGGCAACACUGGUCCAGGCCAUGGGCCAGUCAGCCUCAGGACGUGCUGCUUCCAGGUCCUGCCAGGCUUCUCUCAUUACUAAAUGCUGACGUCAGACUGCUUAUGGCAUCAGCUCCUGCUCCCUUUGUAGGACACUUCUCCUGUUCUUAUUUCUCCUUCAUCCUAUUUUUAACUGAAUCUACUCAAUGUUGGAAAAUUCUGUUCUCUAGAGGAGAUCACUGUCUGCAAGCUGCCGACAUGGUACACACCGGGCAGUGGUACUUCUGAAUGUUCCUGUUAUUAGUUGUGUAUAUUUUCAGUGCUACUAUUUGAUGAAUGUAAGUUUCCACAUUGUUGCUCUUUCUGCCAUUAAAUCUAAUUGGGAACCACUAACAUUCUCUAGUCAACUGCCAGGGCCUUAGAUUAAACAUGUCCAUUUUUGUUCAGGUACAGCUUUUUAUAGCAAGGGCUGCAUCUAGCGUCUUUCAUUAGAGAAGUGUGUGUGUUAAAUUCUUUAUUCAUAAGUAAUCAGUUUACACCGUUUUGUAUAGUGAAAGUGUAUUUUCAGUGCUACCUGCUAGCUAAUUUAAACUUUAGAAAUAAAAUUAGAUUUUCAAAAAUG